AUGAGCCCGUGCGACGAACAAGAACCGAUUGCCAUUAUUGGCACAGCUUGCCGCCUGCCUGGGGAGGCGACAUCGGUGGGAAGACUUUGGGAUAUGAUUAGCCAUGGCAGAAGUGCCCAUGGAAAGGUGCCAUCUUCGCGGUGGGACGCAGAUGUGUGGUACCAUCCUGACCCUGACCGUAAAGGAUCUAUUAGUGUGAAGCAUGGAUACUUCCUAGAGCAGGAUAUCUCCGUCUUUGAUGCACCCUUUUUCUCCAUGACUGCCAAGGAGGCAGCUGGAAUGGACCCAAUGAAAAGACUUCUGCUGGAAGUCAGUUACGAAGGCUUUGAGAAUGCGGGGAUUGCGAUUGGCGAUCUAACGAAUUCUCAGACGGGAGUCUACGUUGGCUGUAUGACAAGCGACUAUGAGCAACUCUCAACACACGAUAUUUUCGAUGUCGGAGAUGGCCUGGUUGCUGGCGUUAACUUGAUUUUACACCCCAAUUUCAUGCACCAACUAUCCUCUAUGCAUAUGCUUAGUCCCGAGGGCAUCUCACACUCAUUCGACCACAGAGCCAACGGUUAUGGCCGAGGUGAGGGUAUCGCAUGUAUUGUCGUCAAAAGAUUGAGAGAUGCAUUACGCGACGGCGACACCAUUCGAGCCGUCAUUCGCGGCACUGGAACCAACGCAGAUGGCAAGACACCGGGGAUAACUCAACCCAGCGCUGAAGCACAAGCCGAGCUCAUUCGAAGCACCUACGAGAAGGCCGGACUCUUAUAUUCAGAUACACAGUACUUCGAAGCUCACGGCACGGGCACUCCACUGGGUGAUCCCAUUGAACUUUCAGCAAUCGGCGCAACGCUCGGCACGGGGCGCUCGCCAGAGUCUGGCCCCCUCUACGUCGGUAGCAUCAAAGCCAAUGUGGGACACACGGAGGGCUGCUCAGGCCUCGCUGGAGUUCUAAAGUCAAUUCUAUGCCUGGAAAAAGGCAUGCUUAUUCCAACGGCCGGAGUCGAAAAGGUGAAUCCUAAGUUGAAGCUGGCUGAGUGGAAUUUGGCUUUGCCUUUAGAAAAUAUGGCUUGGCCUUCUCAAGGCCAGCGGCGCAUCAGUGUCAACUCAUUCGGGUUUGGAGGCGCCAACGCCCACGUUAUUCUCGAUGACGCAUACAAUUACUUGAGAAACCGUGGGCUACAGGGAACUCACACUACAACCGUUUCUGAAGAUGAUUCCUCUGAGUCUGGCAUCAGCAUGGGUUCCGACUCACCUCGCCAAGAAAACAUUAAGCGACUCUUUACUCUCAGUACGCGAGACCAGGCUACGAUAGAACGCCUAGCUCAGUCUUACGGGGAUUUCUUGUCGAACAAGGAAGCAACUUCGAGUCCGAGGUUUCUAUCUGACUUUGCUUACACACUGUCAGAGCGACGAACUCAUCUCGAAUUUCGCAGUUUCGCCGUGGCAGAGUCCGCCAUAGAUCUGCAAAACCAACUCAACAAGGGUCUUGCGAAGCCUAAAAGAGCAGCGAAACACGAAAACCCAAUCUUUGUGUUCACUGGACAAGGCGCACAGUGGCCAGCAAUGGGCAAAGAGCUGCUCAAUAACUGCAUAUUCCGGACGAGCAUCCACAGGUCACAAGCCCUUCUCGAGCAUUACGGUUGCCCAUGGGACUUGAUCGACGAAUUGUCCCGGACCAAUGAAUCAAACCUUGAUCUCCCUCAGUACAGCCAAGUGCUGUGUACUGUUCUCCAGAUUGCUCUUGUUGAUUUACUUCGAGAGUGGGGAGUGAGGCCAAGAGCAGUUGUGGGCCAUUCUAGUGGUGAGAUUGGCGCUGCAUAUGCUGCUGGCCUUCUAUCUCGCUGUAAUGCGGUAAAGAUUGCGUAUCUACGAGGUAUUUGUUCAGCAAAGGUGACCGAUGCUGUUGCACCUCGAGUAGGCGCCAUGGCAGCAGCUGGGCUAUCCGAAGAAGAGGCUGCAAAGUACAUUGAACAGGUACCAUUCGAUUCAGUUGUGGUAGCUUGCGUCAACAGCCCCUCAAGUGUAACUUUAUCCGGCGAUCAAGAUGCCGUCACGAAGUUGUGCAGCGCCAUUUCCGCCGAUGGGAAGUUCGCAAGACUGCUUCGGGUCAAAACAGCCUACCAUUCACCUCACAUGGCAACAGUCGCCCAGGAGUACCACAACAACAUGGGCAAUAUCAUCCCUCUGGACGAAGCCGAACAAGUUUGCCCAAUGUUCUCGUCGCUCACUGGCGGUACCGUCACCUCCAAGGAUCUAGAUGCGUCGUACUGGAUGAAGAAUAUGUGCGAGCAGGUUCGGUUCUCGCCAGCGAUGACCGCCUUACUAGAGCACACGCCAGAGACUGCACAGAGUCGAGGUCACAAGCGAAUUCAGUGGAGCGCCUUCAUCGAGAUUGGCCCUCAUGGGGCUUUGCAAAGUCCAGUGUCCGAAAUUGUAAAGGAAAGCCAGAGCAAGCCCGCAAAAGAGGCACCAUAUCUCUCCGUCAUUGUCCGGAACAAGGAUGCAGAGAUGACGGCGCUACAGCUAGCCGGUCAGCUAUGGAGUUCUGGUCAUAGCAUAAACCUUUUGCGGGUGAAUUGCAUCUAUCCAGAGUCUUUACCACUCUCAUUGCCUGACCUACCAUCUUAUCCUUGGAACCAUAGUAAGAGCUACUGGCAUGAGUCCGCGAUGGCCCAAUCAGCCAGAUUCCCAGGUGGUCCUCGCACCGAUCUAUUAGGGGUGCCAGUCGACCUGCAAAAUCCCAUGGAGCCCCGCUGGCGCAACUAUCUCCGCAUUUCUGAGAACCCCUGGAUCGAAGACCACAAAAUUACUGGGACCGUGCUUUACCCUGCGGCUGGCAUGAUUGUAAUGGCCUUGGAAGCUGCAUGCAAAUUACAAGACAACUCGAGGCAACUCAAGGGCAUCGGAUUCCAAGACCUCAAAUUUGAGCGUGGUCUCGUCGUACCUUCGAGAGAACAUGGUGUCCAGACGGAAGUCAGCCUCAGACCAGACGAAGCGCUUCCAUCCACUUGGAAAUUCGCUGUUUACUCUUUGCUUUCGAAAGGCUCGUGGACCAAGCACUGUCAUGGAACGGUGAGCCUGGAGUACGAAAAAGAUGAGCAGUAUUCUGCAGCACCCUCGGAGGAGAAAUGGAGAGUCUUGACCAGCGAUUGGAAAGACCUGAAACACAAAGACUCCCAUGAAAUUGAAAUGGAAGACUUCUACGAUCAGCUUGAGUCUGUUGGAGUUGAGUACGGGCCAACUUUCAGAAAUGUGUUUCAAGCGGGUGCAGUCACUGGCGAGCACUGCGCCCACGGAUGUAUCAGCAUCCCAGACACCAAGUCUUCCAUGCCUUUCGACUUUGAGUACCCCCAUCUGAUACACCCGGCUACCAUGGAUGCCAUCUUCCAUCUACUCUUCAUUGCCUUUUCCGAUGGCAAGCCCCUUCAGGACGCUGCGGUGCCUUACACGUUGAAGCACAUGUACAUUGCUGCAGAUCUACCUCAGGGCGAGGGUGGUGUGUUCAGUGGGUACGCGAAGCGUCUUCGAAGCGACGGCCACCUGGAGAUCAUCCGCGAUUUUGCGUUGAGACAAGUGACAUCUUCACAACACUCUUCGCCUUCAAGCGACAAGGCUGCGACAAAGGUUUGCGCGAAAUUGAGAUGGAAGGAGGACAUCGACUUCAUUCGUUCUUCUGCAUCUCUUCUUGACACGGACCAAGAUCAUUGCGGCAAAGUUGUUGAGCUUGCUUGUGAUAACAAGGUCUUGACGGCUCUAGCAAAAUUGCUGGAUAUGUUGCAUCAUAAGAGACCAGGCUACGAGAUGCUUGUCGUCAUGCAAGAUGCCUCGGAUGAUUCUCGUCAUUUCCUAAAAGCUGUACUCGAUAUCUUUGAGAGAGUCACACGCAGAAAAGAGAGGAAACUUCACAUCGUAACGACUUCGGAGGCGGCUGACAGUCUUGCCGGAGAAUUGUCUCCCACCAGAGAUGGACUAUCAGAGAUUCGGACUUGGAACCCGAUGUCCCAUGAGCAACCUCCAUUCUCGAGUGAGUCUUUUGACUUCAUUGUGAGCAUAAGGUCAAAUCAUCAUGACUAUGUCUCCUUUGGCCGCUCGACAUUACCCGCACUGCGAGAUCUCAUACGAUCGACGGGGUAUCUCUGCCUGGCGGGUUUGGAUCACCUCAGCUCAACACUAAGUCACGAUGAUGAGUCGAUGGUCCUCAUAGCAAAAAUGGAGCCGAGAAUCUUCCUGUCGGAUACAACCAGCAAAAUGACACUCGUUGUCGUAAACAAGUCAACUUUUUCGUCACUUGACUCUUUACCGUCUGAAGUCUUCCUGCUGCACAGGCCAGAUCCCCCUCCAGCAACCAAGCAUCUUGUGGACAUUCUGACUGAGAAGUUGAAGUUGUUCGGCGGGAAAGUUACCUUGGCAUCAAUGUCAGACGUGGAUCGUUUGAAAGGAAAAUACAUCAUUUCUCUACUAGAGGUCGAUUCACCGCUUGUAUACGACUGGGACGCGCAGAGCUUUGACACGUUCAAGCGUCUGGUUUCCAAUGCCUCCCAAAUACUCUGGAUCACUCGCGGUGGUCUCAUGCAGUGUUGGAAAGAGGGGCUGGAGUUCGCACCAACUCAAGGCCUACUCAGGGUCAUGCGUACAGAGUAUUCUCAAGUCAAGUUGCAACAUCUUGAUUUGUCCAGAGCCAGUAACCUAAGCGCGAGCAACACUGCUAGUGUCAUUUCUAAUAUCUGGUGUGACUCUACACAAGAGGGCUCUGCCCGGCAUGACAUGGAAUACGCGGAAUUCGAUGGUAGAGUGUUUGUGCCGAGGUUCGUCGAAGAUGAAAGCAUGGACGCAGAUUUGCGAAAUUCAGAAAGAAUUCUCGGGUCGGAGAAGGGGACUUUAAACGGCAGAAAGAAUUUGACGCUGAUCCGAGAAGGCAGCGAGUCUGUUUGGGUUAAUGAGUCAGAGUCUCCUACGCCUCUUCUCGACGGCGAUGUUGAGAUUACGGUUGAGCUCGCGCUCGCGCGGGCCACACCAGUGUCUGAAGGUACCCCUGGCAAUACUGUUUGCUUUGCAAUUGUUGGAACAGUAUCCGCGACGCCAUCUUUGGAGAUGACUACGAAAGUGGGACAACGCGUCAUCGCCAUUCAUUCAGGGCCAUGCAGGACUAGCGUUCACGUUCCCGAGUCGUUGGUUCGAUCAAUAUCUUCAAGUCUACCGCCCGAAGAAGUUUUGACAACGUACUACUCGUUCUUUGCUACGGGUUUCGCGUUAAUACAGACCGCGAGACUCGAAAGUGGCAUGACUGUUCUUAUACGUGGCGCCGACUCCCCAUUCAGCAGAGCAGCGAUCCGACGAGCACAAGGAAUAGGAGCAGAAGUUUUUGUUGCUGUGAAGAUUUCCAACGCAACAGAUCUCGCUGCAACGGAGAUGGGAGUUGACCAGGGUCACGUUCAUGAUGACGACUGUGAUUCUUGCGUGGCCGAGAUCCUUCGUCAGACUCAGAAUCGGGGAGUGGAUGUUAUACUCAACUGUCACCCUGGAGAGAUAGACCCUAAUUGGAUCGAAUGUCUCUGCGACUUCGGGACUUUCAUCUCAAUGGAGCCCGGAGCAUCUGGAAUCGCUCUCAGCCUGGUUGCUUCGCGCCACAACGCCACCUUCGUGAGCUUGGACGUGUCUCACCUCUUCAAAUCAAAGCCGAAGCUUGCCAAACGCCUCUUUGACGAGACUUGUGAACUCCUUGAGACUGAAGACCUCAUUCCGCCGGAUCCUCGAUCCGUCAAAUCGGUUUCUGAUGUUGAUGACAUCGUGUCACGGAUUGAUGGUGGCGAAGCACCUAGCGACAUAAUCCUAAAGUUUGACACCCACGCCCAAGUUCUACUGCGUCAUGCCAAAUUGCCUGAGCUACAAUUAGACAACCAUGGCACUUAUAUCCUCGCGGGAGGUCUUGGUGCACUAGGCCUCAAGAUUGCGAAUAUGAUGUUUGAUCAUGGUGCUGGACACGUCGUGUUUCUCUCUCGGUCAGGAGGAAAGAACAAUUCAGCCGACCUAGAUUGCUUCCGUCAACGUGGCCUGGCCAUUGAUGCAUUAAAGUGUGACGUGUCAAUUUCAUCUCAAGUUGAUGAGGUAGUUCGACAUCUUCAGGGGCAAGGGCGGCGCAUUCGAGGCGUGAUCCAGUGUGCAAUGGUGCUUGAAGUAAGUUAUUCUGACGGAGAGGUCACAUAUUGGUUCGAAAGCACUGUGCUAACAACAGCUUACCAGGACGCAAUCUUUGAGAAUAUGACAUACGAUCAAUGGCAAAGGUCAACUCGGCCCAAGAUCCAGGGGACAAUGAACCUUCAUGAGUCCACUCCCCGAGACGUGGACUUCUUCAUUCUCUUGUCCUCAAUCACUUGCGUCAUUGGAAACGCCGCGCAAUCGAACUAUGCCGCAGGGAACACAUUCGAAGACGCAUUUGCUCAUUUCCACCGAAGCCAGGGCCUCGCCGCAACUGCAAUUGAUGUCGGACUUGUCACCGACUCGGCCCACUUCACGGGUGAUUUUGAUAUGGAUGCCUAUUUCCAGAUGUACGAGCAUCGGUGGGAUGGUUUACAGACGACCCAGUCAGAGCUUGAUGCCGUCCUUAAAGCUGCCAUGCGAGGUCGGACAGCAGACGGCAAACUCAUUGAGCCACAAAUAGUUCUCGGCCUUGGUAGUUCAAUGCCCGUUAGUCCUUCAUCGGCAGGAUGGACUAAGGACCCAAAGUUCAGCCACCGAGUCAGUCAUACUUUGAUGGAUGGCACAGAUUCUCUCGGCAAACAGGAAACUCCCGCCGAACGGCUUGCUCAAGCGGAGAAUACUCAAGAUGCGGUGAGUAUUGUGGAAGAAGUCCUGCGAGGCUACGCAGCACAGAUCAUGGACAUAGCAACAACAGACAUUGACACGGAAAAAGCUUUCUAUGACUUUGGAGUUGAUUCAUUGAAGGCCGUUGAGCUUCGGAAUCGCAUCUUCCGUGAUGUGCAGAGCGAUGUAUCAGUGUUUGAGUUAUUGAGCCCUUCACCUCUGUCCAAGUUGGCAGUAGAUAUUGAAGGGAAAAGCAAGUUCACGACGAAAAAGUAG